AUGCCUAGGAAUAGUACUUCAUCAAAUAGGAAGAAAGUCCUGAUUGUAGGAGCAGGUGCGGCUGGUAUGUCAUGUGCGGAUGGACUGAGUAAUCAUCCUGAUCGAUUCGAUGUUACUAUCAUCGAUGCACAAGCAUAUUGCGGGGGACAAGCAUUCUCUAUCCCUAUCGACAAGAAACACGGAGCGAGCUGGAUGAACCAAGGUGUCCAAGGUGGAUCAUACAUCUAUCAACAUACUUUCCAUCAUUUUCGUAAAUGCGGCUACGAGGAGGAACCCGUAGAGUUACAAGUAUCAUUCGGUAAAGGUGAUAAAUUUUGGACAAAUCUGUUUCCUACCAAUUUGGUUGCCCAACAUUCAUCGGAUAUCAAGAAAUUCAAUAGAUUCUUGAAGAUCGUUAGAUGGACUGAACUUUUCUGGGCAUUGAUACCUAUCAAAGUAUCUUGUAAGAUUGCUGGAUUGUCGGAGGAAUUUUUGAAUUUCAUGUUGUUCCCUUCCCUUGCUUUAUUCUUGGGAACUGGUAAUGCUACGCCCGACUUACCUACUGUGAUGAUGGAACGACUCUACACCUCGCCUACAUACGGGAUGUGGUACCCCUGUGAUCCCAAAUCCAUGUCAUCCAACUUACCUCCCAUGGUAGUCUUCCCAGAGAGUAGCGAGUUUUAUAGGACUUGGCAAGGUAAAUUGGAAGAGAGGGGAGUUACCGUCCGUCUCAACACCGAGCUAGCUGCUAUCACUUCCCGAGACCCCGUCGUCAAAGUGAUGCUCCGUCCUCGUCGCCAGGAAGAAGACCUCCACAAUACUGAUGGGGCAGAUCAAGAUUUACCAGCUACGGAGGAAGUAUACGACGAGAUUGUACUUUGUACGCUAGCUGAUACAGCUAAGAGGGUAUUGGGUAAGACAGCUAGUAAGAGGGAGAAAUGGGUUUUGGGAAAUACGAAAUGGAGUGAUGAUAUUACGGUUACUCAUACGGAUAUCGACUAUAUCAAGAAAUACUAUACGAUCGAAUAUGAUGAAUCGCAAGCUGUCGAAAAUAUAAAUGGAAGAGAUGAUUCACAAAGAGUAAGAAAAGGUGAACAAGGUUUCCAACCAAUGUACUUGAUCAAACAAGUACCAAAGAACCCCAGAUUACUUGAAAUGUGCUUUGAUUGUACGAAUUUCCAAUAUCAACUUGACAAGAACCUACCGCUCGACGAACAUAUCUUCCAGACUAUCUACUUGAACAAGCGAGACCAGCAGACCUGGACCAAAGAUGACAUCAAAAAGGAUAAAAUCAUUCGCGAAGACUGGUGGCAUCAGCUCUGUCAUUCAUGGACCCAUUACGCAUUUGUAGUACCAUUCGUGUGGCUCUUGAACAGAAAUAAGAAACAUACCACUUAUGCUGCUGCGUGGACUUUGGUUAAUGCUCAUGAAGUCGCUGUUAUAUCAGGUACAGCUGCAGCAUAUAAGUUAGGUGCAGAUUAUCCUGAAGAUUUAUACAAGAAUGAUUUCGCAAGAAAGGCAUUCAAAUCGUAUUUGUUCUUGACUCACGGUUUGACCUUGGCUAAGAACAGAAUUAGGAAAUCUUCCAUUCAAGCUUAG